AUGAUCUUCACUUAUGUUUAUGCUGGAUGGGAAAGGGUAGCACAUGAUGCACGUGUUCUAACAGAGAUCACAUCUAAUCCAGAUAAUGGCUUUCCAUUUCCUCCUUCUAAUAAGUACUAUUUAUGUGAUGCGGCGUAUCCUAAUACUCGAGGAUUUCUAGCACCAUAUCAUAAUAUUCGAUAUUGGUUAGGAGAUUAUCAUCGUAGACGGGCCAUAAAUAAGGAGGAAAAGUUUAACCAUGCUCAUGCACGACUCAGAAAUGUUAUUGAACGUGCUUAUGGAGUUUUAAAAGCAAGAUUCCCAAUAUUGGACAAGAUGGCUCCAUAUUCUAUUGAUGUCCAAAGAGAUGUUGUUAUUGCAUGUUUUGCAGUUCAUAAUUUUAUCAGAAAAGAGCGACUAAAUGAUGACUUGUUUAAUCAAUAUGAUUUGCCUCAAGUAAUAUUUGAGGAAGAAGGAGAACACGAACAAGUAUUGGAUGAAACAAAUGGACCUAGCUGGACAACUGAAGAUUCUCAAUUUAUGAACAAUAUGCGUGAAGAAAUUGCACUUCAGCUAAUGCAAGGAAGAGGAAAUGCUUGA